AGUACUGGGGACCUGACUGAGAUUAAUCCCUUAGAUAUUGCCAGAGGGAUGAACUUGAGGGAGUUCCUAGAUGGGAAGAUGUGGAUGGAUCAGAGACUGAACGAGAUUUCUUCGAUGCCCCAUGCUAUUGAUGGAGUCAUCAUGAUUUACCUCCUCUCAUAAUCUCAUCACACAUGAGCUCCCAAUCGAUCGAUUCGGGCUUCUUAUCCGCCUUCACUAGUUCGGUGCCAACAUCGACAUCACACGGAGGAAUCCAGCGACAGAAUGUCGGAAACCCUCUGUGUGCCGCUACCCGAUAACUUCGAAAAACAGAGGUGACCGACGAUUAGUAGAGGAUAACGACAUACGACGGCGAACUAUUACUCCGACUAACAAGCUCCAAUUUCUUAGUCUCAGCUUGGAAGCAUAUAUAUUGGAGCAAUUAUGGCAAGAAAUAGCAGCAGCAGAAGCCGACAAAAGCCCAACCUACUGGUAACAGGAACACCGGGCACAGGAAAGACAACAAUGGCAUCUGCCCUGGCUGAGGCGGCUCAGCUUCGACACAUAAACGUUGGUGAUCUCGUCAGAGCUAAGAACUUGCACGAUGGCUGGGACGAUGAACUUGAUUGUUACGUCAUCAAUGAAGACCUUGUGUGUGAUGAGCUUGAAGACAUGAUGACCCAAGGUGGAAACAUUGUGGAUUACCAUGGCUGUGACUUCUUUCCCGAGCGCUGGUUUGAUUGUGUUGUGGUUCUUCAAACUGAGAACUCAAUUUUGUAUGAUCGCCUGAAGAAUAGGGGUUAUUCAGAUGCUAAGCUAAAUAACAACAUAGAAUGUGAAGUCUUCCAAAUGCUGCUGGAGGAGGCUAAAGAGAGUUACAGAGAGGAAAUCGUGGUUGCGUUAAAGAGCAACUCGGUUGAGGAUAUGAGUCACAACGUCGAAACCCUAACUGAUUGGGUUCACAGCUGGAGUACCACCUCAUUGUAAGAUGCUUUGUUUUUAAUAGUUCUCAUUCACAUCCCCUUUUUUGUGCCCUUAAAUUUUGUGGAGGAUCCCUAUGAAAAUGAAACAUUGUUUUAGAGUUUGGGUUUUUUUUCUUUUCAAAAUUACUAUUAUGGGCGAUUGUGUCUCAUUUUAACACUAUCGAAUCUCCUGAAGAAAUAGAAAAGAUUGUU